GAAGCGAAAUUAUUCAUGUGCCAUAAAUAAAUUUUCUUGUCAAUCAGAAAGUUAACGGACGCUAUGAAAUGAGGAAUUUCGUUUCUAAGGUGAUGCAACUGUAGCGUCUAUUGCCAACCUGUGGAAUUUAUUCGAGAGGGCAAGAUUUGCGGACCAAAUUCAGGACACGUCGUUCACUGCAACUUGUGAGGAUUAUUUUGUACGAAAAUUGUGGGGAUUCUUAAACAUCCAUCCAGUCAGUUUACAGCGUGAACUGAACGAGUCGAGUGUGAGACGUCGACGCAGGCCAUAGUUCGAUUUUUAAAUGUCUUCUCCGAAAUUUGAGUGGCGGUUUAUGUUAUGAAUACCAACGAAAUCUGUGGAAUUUACCUCCAUUUGAGAGUUCAGUAAAUCAGCAUGGGAAACACGAGACCCUACAGAGGGACCAUGCUGGCCCACCUUGCCCUUCUCAUGCUGCUGGUCAGCACAGUAAGUUCCCAAUCAGCCACAGUAUCCUUCGUGGAGUCAGCAAUCACCAUACAGGAAGGAGGGGCUGCCACAGUCAGGGUGCAGAAGACUGGAGAUAGUCCCGGUGAAGUUAGAGUUGUAGUCGGGUUUCAAGAUCAGAUGGCCGCAAAUGCUGAUUUUGUUGGCAACAAUUUCGUCUUGAGUUUCCCUGCCGGUUCAGCAACGUCAGUCCAAGAGGGGACUUUUUACUCCUCUGAUGACGACAAUCCCGAACCAGAUGAGCCGUUCUCGGUCACUAUGACUGUCAUCAGCGGCGGUGCCGUGAUCGGCGAUCCCAGCACGACCACCGUGACGAUCGCAGCCAACGACGAUGCGUUUGGCGUGAUCGGCUUUGAUGUGCAGGUUUCCCCAAUGAGAGUAACAGAGGAACAGUCAUCCACUACUCUUCUGCUUCCCUUAAAGCGAGAAAGGGGCACGUUUGGCCUCGUGGCUGUGACUUACCAGAUUACUGGAGGCUCAGGCACAGCCAGUGGGGAUCUCACACCAGUAACAGGAUCAGUUACUAUAUCUCAAGGUAUCUCAACGGAUGCAUUGCGCAUCGUCAUACUUGCAGAUUUGAUACCAGAAGAUGAUGAAGAAUUCACUGUAGAGUUAACAUCAGUCAGUGGUGGUGCUACUCUCAACUCUUCAUCCCAGUCUGUUCUCUUGAUAAUAAAUGCCAACGACAGUCCGCUACGCUUUGCCCAGCCUCAGUACAGCUUCCCAGAGAAUGCUGGGACUGUGACGGUGGAGGUCCAACGAGGCCUGGACACUGAUGGACUGACCCCCCUCGGUCCGUCUGAUCAGACGGUCACCGUUGAGUAUUGGUUUUACUCCGGCAGCGCAGAGCUCGGUGUGGACUGCGUAGUGACCAACGGCAGCCUGGGGUUUUCACCGGGGGAGAUGACAAAAACCAUCAGCAUCGCCAUCUUAGAUGAUCCCACUCCAGAGCUAGCUGAGGAGUUCUCAAUCAGCCUUGCAAAUCCCAGCACAAAUGCAGUGCUGGUGGAGCCGGUGACUACAGUGGUUGCGAUCCUACCCAAUGACGACCAGCAUGGCGUGUUGUCCCUUUCAUCAGAAAACUCUGGAUCAUCACCGAAAGCCGUCAUCAACGAAGACACUACGUUCUCAACUAGUAGCUUCACCGUCGUCCGUGAAGGGGGCACAUUUGGGGAAGUCAGCAUUGAUUAUAUCAUAACCCGCAAUGAUUCGAGCUCCGCGCCCAUCGUUGCGGACCUUGCACCAGCGAGUGGCACGGUGACCCUCCCAGAAGGUCAAAGAUCACAGAGUAUCCCCAUUAACAUCAUCGACGACCCCGUGCCAGAAGAGGCGGAGCAGUUUAUCAUCUCACUGCUGCCGGAUUCGGUUACUGGUGGCGCCAGCGUUGGUGCCGUCACCGAAGGUUUGUUGACCAUCCAGGACAGUGAUGAUGCAUACGGCGUGAUUCAGUUUUCAUCAGAUGUCGAACAGCGUAUCGUAUCGUCGACCAGACCCAGACAACUCCAGCUUAUGCUUACUAGAGCGGCUGGUGUAGUGGGUCAGGUGUCUGUUAGCUUCUCUGUUGUGUAUCGUCUACCCACCCAGGACCCAAGCAGUGUGGGAAGCACAGAUGUUAUAGAUGGUGCGGAAAAUCAGACUACAGUCAUUCCCGGCGGCUCCACCGUCCAUCCCUUCCAGAUCCCAAUCAAAGCCGACUCCUUCCUCAGUCUAGGGGCGACCUUUCUGGUCACCCUGCUGAGUGUCCGGCUGUUGGAUCAUGCCACCUUACUCCCUCCGAGCAGUCCCAGGCUUGGGGAUCGGACGGCGGUCAGCUUGGAAGUCACUAGUGGCGUGGCCAAUGGGGAGAUUGGCUUCGAGCGGCCAAACCAGCGUCUGUUUGUCAACGAACCUGAUGGUACCACGCCAACGUUGUUUCCACUGGACAUCACUCGGGAGGGCACAUCCGGUGAUGCCACCAUCUACUGGCGUAUCGUCAGUAGCCCAAGCUACCCAGUCACGCCCACGCAAGAGGACAUCAGUGCAUUCUCUGGUUCAGUGUUCAUUGCCUCAGGUAUCGCAAGAACCCAGAUAGUUCUGGAGAUCCUGCCAGACGACCUUGCCGAAACAGAUGAAACCAUGAUCAUUCAACUCUAUAAUGUCCAGCCAGGCAGUCAGAUCCUGCGGCAGGGCGACACCGAAGCGGUCGUGACAAUCCGCGAGAACGACGGACCUGGAGGGUACUUUGAGUUCUCCCCUCUCACCCCAGGACCGUUCGUCAUAUCAGAGGGCGGAGACUUAGUCCAGGUGACCAUCCUGCGCCGCGGUGGCAGUCUCGUCACUCGCAGCGUGCGAUACUUUGCGGCCGGGGACAGCAUGACAUCCCCGGAGUUCUACGGCCUGCCCCAGGUUGUGACUUUCAACCCGGGAGAAACUGAGAAAAACAUCUCGUUUGUGGCUGCACCGGACUCAAUCCCAGAGCUCAAUGAGAUGUUCCAGUUGACCUUAGCCACCUUUGGCAACCCGCCAAGUGACCUCGGCGACCUGACCACCAUUCAGGUCACGGUGUUGGAGAAUGACGAUCCUCACGGUGUGUUCACCUUCCCAGAAGAUCCCACGAUCAGGCACAUUGAUGAGAGUAAAGGAACGGACAUCUACUCGGCCCGUUUCCCAGUGUUGCGCGACGCCGGAGUGUUCGGUCAAGCCAACGUCUCAUGGGCUGUUAUUACCACUGGUGCUGCGUUAGAUAUCUCUCCAUUGUCUGGUGUCCUGACUUAUGGGGAUGGGAUCAGCCUGCAGGAGAUUGAAAUUACCGCAAGGGCUGACGAGAUCCCAGAGAAUCCUGAGACAUUCCAGCUGACUUUAACCAACCCUGCUGGGGCGAGUCGCUUAGGUAGUGUUACCACGGCAACGCUCAACAUCAAUAAGAAUGAUGAUGCCAUCUUCUUUGAAGACCCCAUUGCCAAGACAGUCGCAGAGCCCGGUGCUGUAGCGUUCACCGUCCGUCGGAAUGGCACUGCAGCCUCCAUCGCCUCCGUGGAUUACCGCACAGUGGCCGGCUCAGCAACUGACGGCCUCUUUGACUACGCCACCGUGGCUGGUACCCUGCAGUUCGGGGUCGGUGUUCAGACCCAGCGGGUUGCCGUCCGGAUACUGGACGACAACACGCCGGAGGACGACGAGUAUUUCACCAUCCAGCUGUACAAUCCAAUGGGUGAUGUAGUAGUCUAUGGGGCUCCCACGGCAACGGUUACCAUAGCAGCCAAUGAUGAUCCAUACGGCAUCUUCAGCUUCAGAGAGCCUCUUACAAGGGUGUUUGCCAGCGAAGGAACGUCCGUUUUCACUGAGAUCCAGAGGGCAAGGGGGAACUUUGGCACGGUCCGGGUCCACUGGCAGAUUGUCUACAACGGCACCUCGGAGCCCGUGCCCGCGGGGACAGAGUUUGAGGUCGUGGCCGGAACGGUGGAGUUUACUGACCAGCAGUCCCUGCAACGGAUCCAGGUUACGUCCAGGAUGGACGGGGUGCCGGAGUUUGCGGAGUACUACGAGUUGGUGUUGGUCAACGUCACUGAUGGUGCUUUGUCAGACACGGAUCCCAUUUCUGUCAGUCUGGAGAUCAGUGCCAACGAUGACCCUUACGGCGUUCUCGUCUUCCCCUCAUCCUCCACGGAGAGAGACAUUGCUGAGGAUUACUACCCAGAAGACAAUGCCACGGGGAGGGCCGUAUUCACCGUGGAGAGGGCCCAGGGGUCGUUUGGAGAAGUAGAGGUUCUUUGGGAAGUAUUCUCCGAUUCCAUAUCCGGUAUCUUGCCGACUGUGCGUGACCUCAUUUUCCUAUCUGAGCCUAACCCUAGCGUCAGCCCCCAACCAAGCUCGGGACGACUCCACACUGGCACACAGGCCAUGUUCUUUGACGGUGGCACAAAUUCCUACUUACGAGUGCCCUCCCAGUACCAGCUGCCAACCGCCGACAUCGUCAGUGGCUUCUCCCUCAGCGCCUGGGUCCGGCCUGACGCGGACGUGGAUGGCUUCGUGCUGUCCAAACUGUCAACGGACGGAAUAACGGUCCACUACGGCUUGAAGUUAGCAGCCCGGCCAGGCGGCAUGAUCAUGGUGCACUACAGAUACUCUGGAAGUAGCUUUACCAAUACAGUUAUUGACUUCGCCCUGAGCUCUGUUGACUUGGCCGAUGGGUUGUGGCAUUCCAUCAUACUGACCAUCGAUAGCUUAAAGGCAACUCUCUAUGUGGAUGGAAGCCUGAUAGCUGAACGCACCAUGGAUCAGGCCCAGGGUGAUGGGGCAGGGGAGCUGUACGUUGGUGCUCUCCAGCCUGGGACGGAACGCUACAAGGGAUUACUGCAAGAUGUCCGCAUGUAUGCCAGGAAGCUGCAAGAAAGGGAAAUUGUUGAAAUAUGGACCUCCCCGUCCAAGCAGGACCUGACCCCCAUCUCAGGCAAGUUGACCUUUGACCCGGGUCAGAGGUCGGCUGACAUCACCAUGGAGUCGUUAGAUGACACGGAGGAGGAAGGCAACGAGGUGUUUACCGUCAUGCUGCUGUGUAGUAGCGGCGGUGGGCGGAUUGGACGGGACGAUGCUACCGCACUGCUGACAGUUCUGAAGAGUGAUAAUGCCAAUGGUCUGUUUGGGUUCGAUGGUCCAUGCACCCCUACCAGCUUUGACCCAGAGUCAAACGAAGCCCUGCAGUACACAUGCUCAGUCAUACGUAGCCGUGGCGAUGAGGGCGUUGUCACCAUCCCCUGGGAGGUGCGUAACCUGGUGACGGAUGAGGUGGCAUCAGAUGACUUUGUCAACGCGACUGGGGGAGUUGUCUUCCCAAAUGGGGUUCGCACGCAGACCAUCGCCCUAGCUGCCAUUGAUGACAUGCAGCCAGAGCUCCUAGAAACCUUCUCUAUCAUCCUCCUACCCCAACUCCCUCUAUCUGACGACGGCCUGAUUGGCACCACCGACACCAGCGGGGCCAGUAUCGACCCGGACGCCAGCGCCAACAACCUGACCAUCCAAGCCAACGACUUCCCUUACGGGCUGCUUCAAUUUGCCACCGGUCCUCCCCCUGGCACCGCUGAUCCCCUCAUACCCCCGGCAGCAGAGAUGGUGAGGGUGCGGGUGAGGGAGGAGGAAGGGAUGGUACGACUGCUGGUGGUCAGGGCCCAGGGAUUGCUGGGGGAGGUGCAGGUGGAGUGGAGAACCAUCGAUGGGUCGGCGCUGUCUGCUGGCAAGGAUCCGGUGGAUUUCGUGAGUGGGGGUGGCACUUUGACGUUCGCUGACCAGCAACGUUUCCUUUACAUCACCAUUGCCAUCAAUGACAACAAUAUCGCCGAGUUGGAUAAAACUUUCCAGGUCCAGUUAUCCAGCCCUACACAAGGAGCUGAAGUUGGUAUCGGGUCUACUGUGGAAGUCACCAUAGAAGGCUCAGACAAUGCAUACGGGACCUUCCAGUUUGCUGAUGUCUCCUUGGUUGUUACGGUGACUGAAAUGGAUGUGGGUUCCAGUGUAACAACACUGCAGGUGUUGCGGUUGGGAGGAGCCCUGGCUGAGGUCACAGUGGAUUGGGUUGUGACCUCUGACCCCAAUGACCCCGACGCCAAUGUGACGAAUGACCUCGUGCAGUCACGGGGCAGUGUCAUGUUUGGUGUCGACGAGAUGACAGCCGACAUCAAUCUGGAGAUAGCAUCAGAUGAGCUCCCUGAGCUGGACGAAAGUUUCUAUGUGCAACUGAGAAAUGCAUCUGACGGUCGACUUGGAGAUCCAUCCAAAUUGGUUGCCACAGUAACAGUAGCUGCGAACGACGACCCCUACGGAGCCUUCAUCUUUGAGGCUAAUUCGAGGAGCGUUGUAGUCGGGGAGGAGUUCCGAAAUGUCUCACUGACGAUCCAGCGGCAGUUUGGCAGUGAGGGUGUCGUACAGGUGGUGUACUCCACUCUCAACGCGGAGGAGACUAUACCCAACAUGCCGGCAUACAUCAGUCGUGCCAGAGAGAAUGUUGACUUCAUACCUACCAGGAGCUCUGUGAUCUUCAGCCCUGGCCAGCUCAGCUCAGACGUCAGCGUGGUCCUACUGGAUGACACCGAGCCUGAGACCGCAGAGAGUUUGUUUGUCUACAUCGUCAGCGUCAGUCUGCUGUCAUCACCACAGGCUAACCCAGUCAUAGACUCUCCUCGUGUUGGAGCCGAGCACAUUGCUGAGGUGUACAUCCAAGCCAAUGACGAUGCUAAUGGGGUGCUGCAGCUGUCAGCCAGCACGGUCCGCGUGUCUGAGGAAUCCAUGCAGCCGUUCCUGAACGUCACCAGAGUGGCCGGAUCGUUUGGAACGGUGACAGUAACUUUCCAGCACAUUCCCGGUACGGCACAGCAAGGGCUGGACUACAGUGUGACGUCCACUAACGUCAUCAUGUAUGAUGGGGAGACACACAAAGCUAUUCCUAUCGAGAUCUUGAAUGACCGAGUGCCUGAAGUAGCUGAAUCCUUCCAAGUGGUCUUGCUGGAUCAGAUCACAGGGGGCGCUAUUCUAGGAUCGCCCGCCACCUGCGAGGUCACUAUUGAACCAUCGGACGAUCCAUACGGCAGCUUCGGCUUUGGAUUCACCAACGUGCAAGCCAACGAGCCAGAGGAGGGCAACUCUCGUCAGCUGAGUCUCAGCGUCAUACGUAACGGAGGUGACAUAGGCGUGGUGGCUGUCAUCUGGGAGGCACGGAUCAAUGGAGUGCUAGCAAUGGAUGAUGUCUUCCCAACCGGAGGAACUCUGUACUUUCUCUCCUUUGACGUCAGCCAAUCAUUCACCCUGGAUAUUCUGCCAGACGACAUCCCCGAAGAACGAGAGACUGUUAUCCUGACCCUAGUCAAUGCCACAGGGGGCGGAGUUAUCGGCAACCCCCCUACAGCAACCAUCUCAAUCGAAGCCAAUGAUAACCCACAUGGUAUCGUGGAGUUCACCUUGGCUAAUAACAUCGUCCAGGAAGUCGAGGGAGGAGACACGGUAGCUAGCAUCAUGGUGACAAGGAGUGCCGGCACGUUCGGUGACCUCCAAGUGACCUUUGACACCAGACCCCUGGACCUCGUCCAGGAGGUCACCCAGAACGGCGAGACGGCCAUGGACUACUACCAGCUGCCAAUCACAGGCAGCCAGAUGGGUGUCUCCAUGACGACCAUCGACGUGACGGGCCAAUCAAAUCCGCUCCUGGCUUGCGCCCAGGAGUGCUUGCGAGAGAGGGCGUGUGGGUCCUUCACCUACCGGAUCUUCAGCGGAGACGCCAUGUGUCUGUGGACUGUCUCCACGGCGACGGACAACGUGGACGCCACCUCUGGAUUCCGACUCUUUGUGAAGGAUUUAGUGAAGGCCCAGGCUCUGUACGACAGUCAGGCGGUGCCAGGACUGGACUACAUUCCCAUCAACAGUGGCUCAGUCAGGAUACCAGACGGCAUGGCUUCUGGCUAUCUGAACGUGACCAUUCGGGACGAUGCCACACCUGAGAGGGACGAGAUCUUCAAUAUGCGUCUGGCCAGCGUCACCUUGGUAGGCCCCACCCCACAGCCCAACAACCUCCCCACCCUGGGGACGCAGAGAGAGACCCGCGUCACCAUCGCCAGCAACGACGACGCCAACGGAGUGUGGCGUAUCUAUAGCAACAGUCCCGAGGCAGUGAAUGGCCAGCUGGUCCUGGUGACUGAGACGGAGGGGGUCAGCGUGAGCGUGGAGCUCGUCGUGGAACGCCAAGGUGGCAGUAUUGGUGAUGUGAGUGUGUCGUGGCAGGCAGUUGCAGGCACAGCUACCGAGGGUGAUGACUACAGUGCUAGCGGUGGCACACUCAACUUUGCUUCUGGUCAAACUAGACAAGUUAUCAACAUCGGUAUCAGGGACGAUAUGAUUCCUGAGAUUGACGAAACCUUUUCCGUUGAGCUGUACAACCCGACUGGGGGAAGCGAACUCGGUUUGAACGGUCGAGUGGACGUUCGUAUCCUGGCAAACGAUUACGUGGCUGGCAUUCUGAAACUGUCCACGCUGUCGUACAUCGUCAGAGAAGGUGAGGGAUUUAACGUGACUGUAGAGAGAUCGUCACCAGGCCUGGGCCAAGUGACAGUUGACUGGACAAUCAGUGGCGUGAAUGGUCAAGUGCCUACACAAAGCUUCCAGCAGACUAACGGAUCGCUAGCCUUUGCACCUGGUCAACUCCUUGAGGCCAUCUUGCUCUCGGUCCUCUCCGACGACACCCCUGAAGUAAAUGAAGAGUUCCAGGUGACCCUAAGCAACGUGCAAACCAUGGGCAUAUCUCUGACGGGGGCCGCCACCCUAGAUCCUCAGGGGUCCACCGCUAGCGUCACCAUACAGGCCAGCGACGAGCCACACGGUGUAUUCAGCUUUGCCCAGGGGUCAGAGGUCGUGAUGGUUGCCGAGGGCAACACUACAGUGCAGCUGUUUGUGGACAGGAAAUUUGGAUCCAUUGGUCGAGUGCGUGUGUUCUACGAAGCCAAGGAGGGUUCCCUGGACCCAUCAUUGCCUGCCUUGAACCUGGCCCAGGACGGCCUGGAUUUUAUCGGCGGACCAAACUACCUGGACUUUGAAGAGGGUCAGAGCGUGGGUGAAAUAACCGUCCCUAUUAAUGAGGAUGACAUCCCAGAGCUUAAUGAGGUGUUUCUGGUCAACUUGACCGCUGUGCAGAUUCUUGAUCCGGCUACAGACACUCCCCCAAGACUAGAUUCCUCAGGAACACUGUCCCAGGUCACCAUUGAGGCCAAUGAUGGUACACAGGGGGUGGUUCUGUUCUCUGGUAUCACCGGCAGCCUGGAUACCAUUGAAGCUGAAAGGACCCUACAGCUGACCGUGUCUAGAGACCGAGGUACCUACGGUGCAGUCACAGUCUUUGUCUAUAGCCAGCCUGUCGAUGCCAGGAAGGGCUCUGACUAUAGCUUCAGUGAUCAGGUGCUAAGCUUUGGAGAUGGAGAGACAACCAGAACCAUCAAUGUUGCCAUAUUUGACGAUGACAUCGCAGAAGCCGACGAAACCUUUGAACUGAUCCUGAACAACCCAACGGGAGGAUUGCAACUUGGAGACCCGGCUAAAGUAACCAUCAGGAUCCUGGCCAGCGAUGACGCCUUUGGCAUCAUCAACUUUGCGAGUCCGUUGACGGUCACCAUCCAGGAGCCCUCUGAUACGGACACGUCCAACAGCGUGGCCCAGCUGACGCUCGUCCGCAGUCGAGGGACAUUUGGCGACGUGCAGGUCCCAUUUGCCGUGGUAGACCACAGCGGGUCACGAGGGGUCAUUGACCUGACCCCGGUGGACGGGUUUGUCACAAUCGCUGCUGGGGAGAGCACAGGGGUUCUUCAUAUCUCAGCCACAGCGGACGAUAUCCCGGAGCUGGAGGAGCGAUUUCAGGUGCUUCUGGCCACGCCCCAGGGCGGAGCCAUGCUAGGGGACAGCAACAAUGCUACAAUCAUCAUUCAAAGAAAUGAUGCUCCGUACGGCAGCAUGCAGGUCUUCCCUACAGGAUCCAGACAAGCCAGCUUGGAUGUGGAGGAAGAGAACGGCACCGUCUACUUCACUGUGGAGAGGUCAGGGGGUCACAUCGGAACCAUCACGGUAGACUGGCAAGCUGUACCAGAUACUGCAACAGCUCAAGCGGGUGAAGUCCUAGCCCUAGCCACUGUCCAGAGAAUCGCCAGCCAGGCCAUUCGCAGCUGGUGCUCCUACAGCGUCGGUCAAGACGUCUAUCUGGUGCUGGUCAGUGGAGCGGAGACUGGUCAGUUGUCCAGCCAGAUUGGUAGCGAUGGGUCAUCGCCGGGGGCGACAUCCUUGCUGUACCGAUGGCAGGGGGAGUUUGUUCCUGUACAGAGCAUUGAAACUGACGGCGGUGUGGCCUGUACUUCCUAUGACAUCCAAGGCACGACGUAUCUAGUGAUUGCCAAUCAUGGUAGUACAGGGCGGUACGAGACCAUGUCCAGAAUCUACAGAGUCAAUCAGGAUGGGACGCUCUAUGUGAUGCAAGACGUGGCCACCAAGGGUGCAACCGACGCCACGUUCUUCACCAUCGGCUCAGACGUUUUCCUGAUGCUAGCCAACGGACUGACCAAUGCCCAGCUGACCGUCACGGAGUCCACGGUCCUGCUAUGGACCGGCGUGCAGUUUGUGGCAGUUAGUAGCCUGGCCACCACGGGGGCAGCCGGAGUGGAGGCACUCAGCAUUAAUGGGGACCAGUAUCUGGCCGUGGCUAACUCUUACGAUUCUGGCCAGGCUAGCUAUGAGAUUAAGUCUGUGGUGUAUAAGUGGGAGAGCGGCUCUUUUACUGAGUACCAACAACUAGACACACUGGGAGCUGUGGAUGUCGAGUCUUUCAGCGUCGGUACAGCGAUGUAUCUUGUAUUUGCCAACAGCCAAAACAAUGAAGGCGCAUCAAAUGUUGACUCGUACGUCUACCGCUGGAACCCCUCCACGUCCCUGUUUGUCAUCCACCAGACCAUCCCCACCCAGGGGGCCCAGUCUGUCACCACAUUCCUCACCAGUAGCGGCACCACCUAUCUGGCCAUCGCCAAUGCGGCGGGGGACUCUGUAGUCAUGGAAUGGGAGCCUUUCUCAGCCAUGUUCAUGGACAGUCUGUCGUUGGCUCCUGCCUACGACGUCGUGCCAUUCACUGUCACCGAUUACGCUGGCCGUGACUUGGUGAUGCUUGCAUCAGCAAAUUUUGGUGAUGGGGUGUCUGUGUUGGACUCCAUGAUCUUACAGAUCGCUGGGGUCACUGAAUCAUCAGAUUUCAUUCCAAGAUCUGGCAGACUGACCUUUCAACCCGAGGACACGGAGUUGACCGUUGCCAUAACUAUUCUGGACGACGACCGGCCUGAGGAUGACGAAUACUUCCGCGUUGUCCUUAGCAACCCGACGGGUGGGGCCGAGUUGGGCCGUCAAGAUGCUGUGAUGGUGGACAUCCUCUCCAACGAUGACGCUCACGGCAUCAUCGGCUUUGCUCAGGAUUCCCUCAACAUCCAAGCCACUGAGCAGGCUACCGACACGGCUGUCAUCUUUACCUUGGAGAGACAACGCGGUACUUCUGGAGUGGUUGUGGUGGCCUGGGUGGCUAGCGGGGAACACGACCCCUCGGACAUGAGGCCGACAGCAGGAAUGGUUGAGUUUGCGGAUGGGGUCUCCACAGCCGCUAUUGUUAUUACGGUCACGGCGGACUCCUUUCCAGAGCUGGAUGAGACCUCCACCAUACAACUCACCAGUAUCGUCAACCCCGGCACCACGCACCCGGGCCGCGGGGCCAUGAUCAGCGACACGGACAGCACAGCGUUGCUGACGGUGCUGGCCAACGACUCACCCCACGGCGUCUUUGCCUGGACGCUGAAUUCCCUGUUCAGUGUUGUCAAUGAGCCUGAGGGAUCGCAGCCAUCGGCUUCCGUUGUCUUGCACAUCCUGCGAGAGCAGGGAUCCCUGGGAGCUGUCAACGUUAGAUACAAGACAUCCAGAGCAGCGGAGAUGCCGGAGCUGAAGCAAGCAGAACCCAAUCGAGAUUUUGUUUCCCAGGACAACUAUGUGAGGAUGGAAGAUGGAGUCACCUCGGCCUCACUGACUAUCGCCAUACUUCCAGACACUGACUCUGAAGGACCCGAGACGUUCCUAGUCAACCUGACCUCGGUUGACCUUGUCACUGGUACCCCGGUCGGCGGAGCGGCGCCCAGCAUCAAGAACGAUCAGGAUGUGGCUGAAAUCACCAUCACCCAGAACGACAAUGCCAACGGUAUCCUGCAGCUGAAUGCAUCCAAGAAUUCUGCUGGCGAUGUUGAAGUCUAUGAAGGCUCAGGUACCAGUGGGGUACUCAGCUUACCGGUGAGCCGCACUGCAGGUGCAUUUGGUCGAGUUGGCGUCAACUGGCUGGCAACCACGGUGUCUGCCAGCACUGCUGACUUCUCCCCACUGUCUGGUAACGUCACCUUCAUUGAGGGACAGAGAGAAGCGUUCAUUGAGAUUGCCAUCAUUGAUGACACAAUCUACGAGAAUGACGAACGAUUCACGGUUUCCCUGCACAACCCAAGUGGGGGCGCUGUUCUGGGUGCGGAGACCUCGGUCAUCAUUAAGAUUCUCAAGAACGAUUCUCCCAAGGGGCUGUUUGGUUUCCUGUACACGCAGGAGACAGUGAUGGAAUCGCUCAGUCCCUCGGAUCCCAGCGGUGAGGUGACACUGAUCAUUGAGAGAAGCCAAGGCACUCAGGGUAUCGUGGAGGUGGACUGGGCCCUGGAACCCCUGGGCAGAAUGGAUCUCAGCCCUGCUCAGGGAUCACUCACCUUCCAAGAGGGAGCCACUCGUCGAACGAUAACCCUCCGAGCCGUUGAAGACACAGUGCUAGAAGGAGAGGAGAGAUACACAGUCACCAUUCAGUCAGUUACCGACGACGCAGAAAUAUCUCCUGUCUUUGGCACAACCACCAUUGUGAUACAGCCUGACGCUGGCUCAGCUGGCCUGAUAGCCGUCCUGCCCCAGUCAAGAUAUGUCCUGAUUGGAGAACCGACGACUACUCAUGACGGAACAGCCACACUGCAUUUGACACGAGGAGCUGGGAUCUUCAGCCAAGUGACAGUCAACUGGCAGCUGAGUCCGCGGGACGGGUCCACCUUCAGGCAGACCUCGGGCACGUUGGUCUUUGAAGACCUGCAACAGAAUGCUACCAUUAUGUUGCAGACAAUUGAUGAUUCCAUCCCUGAGACUAAGCAGACCUACAUCCUCCAGCUCUCCUCCAUCACCGGUGGAGCUGCCAUCGAUCCGGACUCACAGGCCAACCAGGCUACCAUCAUCGUCGUGGCUAGCGAUAACCCUCAUGGGGUCUUUGAGUUCAGCGGCUUGCCCGAGGUGGUCGUCAGCGAAGACUUGCCCCAAGUGAGCCUUGACGUUGUUCGCAAUGCUGGCAUUUCUGGAGCAGUGAAGGUGACUUACACAACCAAACAAAUCUCAGCCCAACCUGGUGAAGAUUAUGUGGAGGACAGUGGAGAUCUGAUUUUCAGUGAGGGAGUGGACGUGAACACAAUCAAGAUCAGUCUGGUUCCGGAUAACCUGCCAGAAGGUCCGGAAUCAUUCCUGGUGAAUCUGACCUCCAUUGAGCUGCUGCAACCAGUGAACAACGACUACACACUGCGUGGUGGUCUCUCACUUGAUAUGCCUCCUGUGAUUGGCUCGUUUAGUGAGAAGACGGUGACCAUAGCAGCCAAUGACAAUGCUCAGGGGAUUAUUGAGUUUGCCCAAUCGAACGUCUUUGAAUUUUCUGAAGGAGUGGGCACAGCAGUCAUUCCCGUCGUCCGCACCGCUGGUACCUUCGGCUUGGUCCAAGUCUCCUACACUUCCAGGAACCUGACCGCCACUCCCGGCGGCGUUGACUACUCGCUGACGGACGGAGCGGUCAGUUUCCUAGACGGCCAAUCCCAGGGCUCCAUCAGUGUCACUAUCAUCGACGACCAGCUCAAGGAGUUUGCGGAGGUCUUCGAGAUCACCCUGACCGAGACACUAGGGGGCGCUGUCCUGGGCCGCAACCGGACGGCCACGGUGGUGAUCUCCAAGAGCGACGGACCGGACGGGCUGAUUGGGUUUUCCCUCAACCAGCUGGAGCGGAUCUUACCUAACCCUGAGAAUAAUCGCGACAUGGAGUUCACUAUUGAGCUGUCUGGCGGGAUCGAUCAGUACCUGACUGGAGCUGAAGUGCGCUGGCGAAUCCUGGGCCCCAACUCUCAAACUCUGCCCCCAGACACCAGCGACAUCUCCACCUCCGGCGGGCAGCUCCAGGGGUCAGUGACCUUUGACCCCGGCCAGCGAGGCGCCAAGAGUUUCACCUUGCGGGUCAAGCCAUACCCGGGGCCGGAGGUGGAGGAGACGUUCACCGUCGAGAUCUACCAGGUGGUCGGCGCUGGGGAGAUCAGUGAAGACGCUGGCCGUGCCACAUUGAAGAUUCUCAAGCAUGGGGACCCUAACGGCGUGGUCCGAUUCUACGGGGAAUCCAUCAACCCUCGCAGCUUUGAGGAGCCAGGUGAUGGUGGGUCCCUCAAGGUGGCCUUCCCUCUCAGACGACGGGAAGGGGUGGUUGGAGACAUCAAUGUGCACUGGGAGGCACGAGACGCGACAGGCCAAGUGGCGUCAGACGUCUCACCCCCUAACGGUACCCUACGAAUCCCUGAUGGCGUGGCCAACACUCAGAUACUGCUUAACAUCCUACCAGACCAGAUACCAGAGCUGCAGGAACGCUUCCAGCUGGUCUUAGUGUCUGUGGACGGUGGGGCUGAGAUCGAUCCUCAGUUUAACACUUCCACAUUUUACAUUCAACCCAACGAUAAUCCCCACGGAGUGUUCAGCGUCCACCAGGAGAACCAGACGGUCGGUGUCAAUGCAAACAUGAAGCGUUACCUUAGGAUCUAUGUGACUCGCGGUGCAGGCACCGAGGGCGAUGUCUCAGUGACCUUUGACCUCAAAUACAAUGAUGGAAUAACUGGCGCUUACGUUCCGAGCAGUAGUUCUGUCGUCUGCCGAAGUGGAAACGCCUUUUGCACCAAAGACAUUCCGUUGCUGAACAACGACAUGUUCCUGGAGAGGGAUACAUCUUUUAAUGUUACCUUGACAUCUCUCAGUUAUCUUGGACCCGUUGAAGUCACCAUUCCUCCAGUGAUGCUGCCGGGUGCGAAGAGCGCACUCGUUGUUGUACCUCAGGAGGCUGCCAAUUCACUGGUGGGAUUCAAGAUGGACGCCACCACAGUCGAUGACAUAUCCUACCGCACUGUCCUCACCAUCGAACGUAUCGGAUCCUAUGGAACCAUUGAUGUCCUGUGGCAGGCCGGCUACCCAUCAGACGAGCUACCCCAGGGUUAUCUCCAGGGGGCAGUAUCACAGGGAUCUGGUCAGCUGAACAUGGGCAGUGGAGUCUCAACGAUAACCCUGCCUAUUGUGCUUAACCCUAGCGGCAACCCCAGCGAGCUCUUUGCCGCGCACCUGACCAGCGCCCUGACGUCGGCUGAGGGCGGGGCCAGGCUAAGGGGAGGGUACACCACGGCACCCAUUGAGCCCUACGGGGUGGUUGGCUUCACUCAGGGGUCAAGAGGGGUCACUGUGUCUGAAGGUAGUGGCGAGCUUUCCCUGACUGUGGAGCGUCAGCUCGGCACCCUAGGCAGCAUCCGCGUGACCUACCAGACCCACGCCGCCUCGGCCGUCGCUGGGGAGGAUUACGUGGCCAUCACCAGCGGGGCCCUCACAAUGGCCACCAGAGCCAAGACGGCCAACAUACUGGUGACUAUCCUGGAGGAACAGGCACCGGAGCUGGCUAAAGUCUUCUAUGUCAACAUCACCAGUGUGGCACGGUUACCCAUCGACGGAACACAGGGUACCAGUCCUAGGCUGAGUUCAAGAUACCCUGUCUCUGAAGUGACUAUAGAGGGCAGUAAUGAUCCCUACGGCGUGCUGAGUAUGGAUCCCGACGUGAUUGAGAUUGCCGAGAGUGAAGCCACGUGCAAACACGUCACGCUGAACAUCCAGAGAUCAGGUGGUAGCCAUGGCGAGGUCAGCAUCCGAGUCCGGACCAUCGGGGGAGGGGAGCCCUGGCAGAGCAGCGUGGCCCAGCGCCCCUCCGACACCACCAAUACCAUAGAGAAUGCCCUGGCCAAUACCCAGGACAGACCCCACGCCACAGCCGGUCAGGACUAUGAACAAGUGGAUGUGGCGAUCACAUUCAGAGAUGGGGAGACUGAGAAGAGUUUCCAGGUGGAGGUGUGUGAUGAUGGCGUGGCUGAGCCGGCCGAGUUGUUCUUUGUCUACCUGUCUGAGCCCACGGGAGGGGCACGGGUGGCCCAGGGACAACCUGAUGGGGGCCUCAAGGGGUUCACUCAUUUCACCAUCGUUGGGAGCGACAACUUCAACGGCGUGAUCGGCUUUGCGGAAGAGUCACGAUUUGUGACUGUCGAUGAGGAUGUGACACCUUCCAUUACACUCACGCUAGAUAGAGGGCAGGCUUUCUUUGGUGAAGUCACGGUGGAGUGGCGAGCAACGUACAGUGCUAUCGGUGACAUCACCAACGACGCUGAUCUCUACAAUCAGCUUGAGCAGGCACAGGGUAUGGUGACAUGUCCUGCCGACCAGCGACUGUGUACGUUCGACAUCACGCUACGACAAGACGAGGAGCCCGAGUUUGCUAGCUGGUUCCUAGUGGAGCUGGUUGGGGUAGGACAGGGAGCCAGUCUGGACCAAGCCCAGCGAUUGGCCAACAUUACCACCUUGGACAGUGACUAUCCGUACGGUCUGCUGCAGUUUACCACAGAUACCAGGUUCCAAUCAGUGCACAGCAACACCAAGCGAGUCAGCCUGCGUGUAGAGAGAAUCGGUGGUAGCACCAAGGACAGCGCUGUGUCCUGGGGGACGUUCCAGCUCGAUUCCCCCAUCAAACUGGCCGGACUGACCGCCUACCCGGCCAUCCCAGACACGGACUAUGUGGCCACCUCGGGAGUCUUGGAUUUCAGCUCCGGUAUCCGGCGGAUUCCGCUGGACGUGGUCUUGCUCCCAGAGACCCCCGCGUCAUCAGCUGAAUACCCAAAACUACUGCAGGUCAGACUGAUGCAGGCUACCAACGGGGCCGGUAUCCACGCCGACUACGGCACGGCCAGCAUCACCUUAGUGGAGGACGAGCGCACGGCCGACAUCUGGGACAACCGCUAUAGCGCCCUCAUUGGCCUGAACAAUGACAACAUCUAUAAUAUUCUCCUGGAUAUGGCCGAGCAUGUCAAGGCUCAGCUGACGGAGGAGCAACUGGCCGUCGUCGUGGAUACCAUCGGGAUGGUGGUUGCCGAGGGAGGGAGGAGGAAGUUGCCUAGCAACCUGCUGACUCAGCUGAUGGAUAUCUACUGCACGUUGAUGAAUCCGGACAGGCAAGACACAAGGGGUGCCUACCAGCUAGCAGAAUCCUUCAGUACCUUUGCCUUCAUCCUAGUGACUGACCUGCCGUGUGAGACCCAAGACCCCCAGACACUGUCCUGUGAUCAUGCCGUGGUGGAGACGGGCCGGUGGUCUAGGGGAAGAAUCAAUGGACAUAACUUCCAGGGAAAAGACAGAAACAGCUUCACCAUGCCUACUAACCUACUGGACACCAGUGCAUCCUCAUCCUGUGAAGACAUUCACUUCAUUGAGUACAGCAGCCAGCAGUGGUUCUAUGGUGCCAACGAAGCAAGCACUCUCAAUAACCAGGUUUUGUCCGUUGCCAUCAAGGGAGCUGAGCAGAAUUUCACCAGGCUGUCCACACCGGUCACCUACCGCAUCUACACCGAUAAUGCCAGGGUAACACCGCGGGGAGCCAGCUGUGUCAUCUUCAACGGACCCACCGAACGCUGGCGACCGGACAGCUGUCAAAUACUGACUCAGCAGGGAGCCUAUGUGGAGUGUUCUUGCACUCACUUGUCAGACUACGCGGCCCAGGGUGAAACAGAUAAUCUUGUUGGCUACAAUGUGUACAUCUACGUGUCCUGUUUCAUCUGCAUUGCUGGUCUCGUUUGUGCCAUCAUUGCUCACAAUGUCUGCUCCGUCUACUCCAUGUUCUCUGCCAAGCUUCUCAUACACAUGUGCUUUGCUGCCAUGUCGCUCCAGGUUGUCUUUGUCACCUCAGCGUAUGUGAGUAGCUACAUCUCCACAGCCUCCUGUGCAGUCCUGGGAGUUCUCAUUCACUUCUUCUUCCUGGCUCAAUUCACUUGGAUGCUUGUACAGGCCUUCAAUCUGUGGAAGGUGUUUGUGAUCAACGACGAGCACACUGAGAGAUACUACAUUCUCUUCUUUGUCAUUGGCUGGUGUUUGCCCGUUGUAGCUAUCGUCAUCUACGUGGUGAUAACCUACGCCGUGUUUGACUGGCCGUUCCUGCUGGAUACUUCUAUUGCAGACCCGUCAUCUCCUGCGGCCAUGUAUGGAGACGUGCAUCUCAAUGGAGAUAUUUGUUUCAUGCCUAAUGGCUAUGCGGCCCUAGCUAGCGCAGUCGGCCCAGCCAUCCUGUGUCUGUUUGGUGUAGCCACUGUGUUCACCAAUGCCUACCAAGUCAAGCCACAGUGGAAACGAUAUGAUGAUAUCUAUAUGGGCAGUUACAACACCACUGAGGUGCAGUUACUGCUAGUGUUCUGGGCCAUCAUCUUUCUAACCUGUCUCUUCGGCGGUCUACACAUGGCCUACAGUUACCUCUGGUUGCUCAUUGUCUUUGUCAUCUUCAACAUUGUUCAGGGUUUGUAUGCCUUUGUCGUGUACACCAUCCUACGCAACCAGAUCUGUCGGCCCAGGAAGGGCAACUACUCACUCAACCCCUCGGGCUUUGACAACUCGGUCAUGUUACUGGACAACAGCCAGUAUGUGGGCAACGGGCUGAUGGCCGCGGGGUCUGAGAAGGGGUCAAGGGUCCUGCUGACCAAGGCUGAACAGCCGCCUGGGGUGACCAUCAUAGGAAACCAUGAUGAAUGGGAUACUCAGUCCCUCGGUCGUCAAAGCCAACACAGCCAGCACAGUCAUCACAGUCAGCACAGUAAGACUAACCAAUCCCAGCCCAGCCGACCUGGCUCAGUGGCAAGCCGGGGCGGCGGCGGCGGUAACCGGAGCAGACCGGGCUCUAUCCAGAACAACCUCUACGCCCCUGCACCCUUCCAAGAUGUCCCCGCCCCUCUCCCACCGACCCACCACCACGAUGACGACACCGACUCGCAGGACUUCGACGACCUGAUCUUUGCCCUCAAGACGGGCGGGGCCUAUGUGCGAGGGGAGGAGGAGGGGGAGUCGCGAAGCCGGCCGUCGUCACGGGUCAGUAGCAACUGGCAGGACGAUUCCCAGAUGGGGGAGAUGAUGGACAUGACGGGAGACGCUACGCAAGACCAUUACGAGAUGAGACGGAUACAAAUUGCCGAUACGCAUCUUUGAUCUGUGCACAAAUGGUCUACAAGUAAAUUCCAUUUGUGGCUUUGCAGGGUGGACAGUACAACUUGGGAGUAAUUUGCAAAUGCACUGUGUUGUAUCCGCGCAUUGUUCAUCUGCACAUUCUCCAAAGUCCUGAAUACGCCAUUUGCCAGACUUCCAAUUGGUGCAAGCUUUUUUUUAUAUAAAAUAAUGAAUUAUCAAGACAUUUAUGUAAUGAGCACUUGAUCAAUAUAGACGAGUCGGCUUGUCAAUCAUUUGACAGUAAGUUGUAUGUGCCUCCCCAUGAUGAACUUCCGUUUGUUAUUUCUGCUGCUGUUGGAUGCAAUUUCAAGUGCUAAGAUGAGCUGUCCAUGCUUUUUAUGGGUUUCCCUCUUGUUUUGGCAACUGCUAGUUUUCUAGCAUUACAAAAAAUACUGAAUUUUGAAUGAGACUUCAAAUGAAAAAAAAACAAUCGGCAUUAGAAUAUUUUUCCAAUUUUGAAUCAGUUGAGGGCCCGCCAGUAAUUCAAUUCCUUUCGGAGGGUUGCGAUUGCCCAAAAUAGAAAUAAAAGUGUUUUUUUUUUCAUGAAAAUACAACAUACAAAUAUAAACUUUAUUAGUACAAAAACUCCAGUAUGAUGAAAAGCACGGACAGUGUACUGUUAAUUUCAAACUAAGUUAAAGUCAGUUAUUCAGAGCUUGUGUUUUUGUACCGUAACUUCGUCUUUUAUGCCUUUUUUUUCAUGUAUUCAGUGCCAUAUUAGGAGUUAAAUUGUACAAAACUGUACAAGCUUUACUACAUAGAUGUGGACUUUACACCGUUUUGUACUUAAUGAAGACAUACAUAUUUUUGUACAUUGUUGCUGUGCAUGUUUUCUUAUGGCCAUCUUUUUAUCCAUAGUAUACUUUUGUAGUGAGUUCAGUACUUAAAAGAGUAGUUGUAAUUAGCAUGUUUCAGAAUCAAGGCAUUUUUUUCUCCAUGAAUGUAAAGUAACGUUCAAUUGUUCAUCUCUUUACAGCAAUGUUCAUACAUGAUUUUUCACUCAAAUGUUUUUGUCCAGAUGUGAACAAACCUACUGUUUAUGUAAAUGGUAUUACAACACGUCACCCACAGAUUCUGUAUCUUCAUUGGCCGAGGGCCAGUCACAGACUACAUGUAUUUAUUAUUUUUGCUAUCUUGCUGUGCUCGGCCAAAAGUACUAUACCCGUAGCAACCAAAGUACUAUACGCAUAGCAAUCGUUAUUGUGUGCAAAUGCAUACGGGUGUGUGUGUUGCGCGUAUUGUUCCUAAGCACAAGCGCUACAGGGCUGGGUUCAUACAUUUCGUGAAGGGGUAGUUUGGAAAAGUGCUAGUAAAUUUGUGUUUAAUUUUGUAUUAAAAAAAGAAGUACAUUUUAAUUGUAUUUAGAUUAAAUUAAUUGGUUAUGGCUUAAUAUCAAGCAGAAUCUGUAGGAGAGGUGUUAUAAAACAAAUAUUGACUGCUUGGAGUGGUGAAGUAAAACUAGCCUCCCUCAGUGAUCCAUGGAGCAUUCUAUUUUCCCUCGGCUUCGCCUCGGGAAAAAUAAGAAUGCUUCCUGGAUCACCUCGGGAGGUUAGUUUUACUUCACCACUCCAAGCAGUCAAUAUUUGUAUAAAAUCCCAUCAUGUGACUUUUUACCCCCUUUGUCGAUCAAAAGAGCAUGUUAAGACUUAUUGUUUUCUGGUAAGAGGCAUUCAGCCUUGACGAUAUUAGUUAGCUGAUUAUGUUUAAGUUUAUUCCACUUUACAAAAUGCCUAAGUCAUGAAGAGGUUUAUUAAAUAAUUAUGAUGGUUUACAUCUUAAGAUGUUUACAAAAGUACUUCUACCAAAGUCCUUUGAACAGAGACAUGGAAAAAAAUUACAAAUCAUUAGGCUUUUUCCAGCGCAAUAUUUUUUUACAUCCGUCCUGUUGUAAAACAUUCCAAGUCAUUCUAAGUGUAUGUGACAUUCCCAUUCCAUUAUUUAAAAUCUUGACAUAUCCUCUAAUAGAACAUUUUAUUUCUAGCAAAGUAUUCAUUUAAAUACACUACAGGUAUUGGCUGAGUGACACCACCAAAAAAAUGUGUGGAUUGCAAUAAUUCUCUCCGUCCAGUUAAACAUCAAAGUAAUAAAAACUGUUAUAUUAAAUUAUUCAUUAAUGAUCAAAUAAAAAUAAGUUCUAUGAAGAGCUUGAUUUAUGUAGCACCUUGAGGCUAAAACAUCAGAUUAACUUAAACCCAUGAAUACAUUUCAAAAACUAAAUUAUCUUGAAUGUAAAGAGGACUUUGAAUGCUGCAAUCAUAUCUGAAGCAAAAUCAUAGUUUACUUAUUGAAAGAUCAUGUUGUAAUUGAACUGCCAAGGUGUGCAGAUAUUCAAGCAGUACUCAGUAUUCCUGAAGCAAAAUCAUAGUUUACUUAAUGAAAGAUCAUGUUUUAAUUAAACUGCCAAGUGUGUUCAGAUAUACAAGCAGUACUCAGUAUUUUGGCUGUAAACAAAAUCAUGUACUUUACUCGGAAAUAAUUAAACAAGUAACUUUUAAUAACUGCCUUUUUAAUGUGACCAACGUCAUCAAAAUCAUCGAAUUUUGUACUAAAAUCUUGUUGCCUUGCCUUGAUUCCGGUGUGUACUUUCAUUGUACUUAUUGACUGAAGAGAGCUAAAUAAACGGAUUUUUGUACUUA